UCAGGCUAGAAACUCUCAGGUUAAAAGGAGUAAACUGCAAGUGUCCUCAACUCAGCUGGCUUUGCCUUCCUCUGAGGUUCCUGGAAAUGACUAGCUCGAGUUUCGAUAGCAAUGAAAAGGAUUUCUUUGAAGAUAAAUUAGAUGAAGAAAGUGUGAUUCUCACAUUGGUUCCAGUUAAUGAGGAACAUAAUGAAGAACAUCAAAUGGAACCAAGUGUAUCUUCAACCUCAGGAGCCAACUUGAGGAUGCCUGGGACAAACAAUAUAGUUUAUCUCCCUCAAAUGAAUGAACAAUUCAAAGAUUACCCUAAUGCAAUUCUUCCCUUGCCAACCAUUUUGCCUUCAUUUAAUAAAGUACGUUGUGAUACUUUGCGGGACUGGUGCCAACAAAUUAACUUGAGCACUGAAGGCAAGAAAAUAGAGAUUUACUUGAGGCUGAAGGAACAUGCUUACUCUGAAGAAAAACAGAGUACUGCCGGAAUACCACAGGAGGAUACCUUGCAGUUCGGUUCGAGGAAAUGCAAGAUGGUGACCAAGAGAACAAGGAGUAAUAAAAAUUGUAAGAUGAGUAAGAGAGAGAAAGAGACCAAUACAGUUGAAGUGAUAACUUCAGCUCAGGAGGCCAUGUUGGCAGCAUGGUCAAGAAUUGCUGCAAGAGCUGUGCAGCCUAAGGCUGUGAAUUCCUGUUUCAUUCCUGUUCUUGCUGAGAACUUUCUGCUGCAAACAUCUGGUGUCAGGUGGUGUGUGGUCCAUGGCAGACCUCUUUUGGGAGACAAAGAGGGGUGGGUUCGUCUGCAAUUCCUUGCUGGUCAGGCCUGGGUGCCUGAAACUCCCAAGAAGAUGAUCUCUCUCUUCCUGUUACCAGCCUGCACUUUCCCAUCCUCAGACCUAGAAGAUAAUAUGUUAUGCCCUGAAUGUGUUAAGAGGAAUAAAAGGAUGAUGGAAAAAUUAAUUAAAAUGAAGAGGAAGAAGAAACCUCGUUUGAAUAUACCCACAUAAUUCCUUUUGGAUGGGGCAUGUCUCAAUAAAGAAUAAAUGGUAGAAUGCUCAC